AAAGCGCAACAAGCAAACAAGACUAAAUUUGGCGCACGUUGUAAAGCUUGGAAUUUGGCGCCCUACAAUCCAGAGUUGCCGCCAUGCAUACGUUUGCGUUUGGAGGAGACACUCAACCCACCACAGGGUGAUGUAAACAUCACCGAUAAGAAAAUUAUACAGAGUUGGAUACAGCAUCAUGCGGAAGUGCGCGUAAAGGAUGUUAAUUUAGAUUUAUCCAUGAGCACAGUUAUAGGUUUGGGAGAUUUAGCAGAAGAUGAAAUAAUCACCACUCCUUUGCCGGUGACUGUGCACGUGGAAAAUGUGAGAAUCAACUUAAUAGAAGAUCGUCCGCCCGUUAAUAUUACCUCACCGGGUCCAGUGCCAAUACGCUUGGCCAUAGGUCGUAUGCGUAUACAUCGUGAUAAGAAUGGCAUUGUGAACGUACAACCUAUAGAAACUGGUUUAAAUGACGCUGCCUCUUCAAACUAUCCUCUAACAGCUGCCACUCCGACACCACGCGAUCGCGAUCGUGAUCGUGAAAUACUUGCAAUGCAGUUGGUUAUGCAACAAUUGAAAAUGGACAAUGACAAUUUGCGUAAGCAGUUGGUAAAUGCGAAAGAAAAUGCCGAUUGCUAUAGACAAAAGACCAAACAAGAUAAUGAUGUACUACGUUCAUAUCUAAAAGCGGCACAAGACGACAUAACUAUACUUUUGGAAGAGAAAAAGGCUUUGCUGGAUACGAUACGUUCACUGCAG